AUGUAUUUGAGUGUUAUCCUUGUUGAUUCUGAGCUCGAAACCCUAAUUUUCUUAUUGGGUUUCAAUGUAGUUUGCGCACUCAUCAUGUCGCCGCGUCGAUCCAGAGGUUCCCGAGGCCGUUCGACUGCUCAGUCCCCUGAAGAGGCUGCUCCUGUUGCCGCUUCGCAUGGGGGACUAUACUUACACAGCUUAUGUGUAUCUCCUGUAUCAGUCCAUUUUCCUGCCACAAUCUUCACCGUCGAUGCAGUUACGGGCCAGAGUAGUGUCACUCAUUCUUAUUAUGAGGGGAUACCGUUAAUCGAGUCUGCUCCUCAGUUCAAGUCAGAGGGAGCUAUCGACUCAAACCAAUGUAUAAGGAAACCAGACUUCUUAUUUGGUGACUCCAUAAAGGAUCCGGCGAUUGUUUUCUGCAAGCCUGCGCAGUGGUUACACGAGGAUGGUUCGUCAUUUCUGUACUUGCCUUUUAUGUGGUUACACGAGGAUGGUUCGUCAUUCCUGUACUUGCCUUUUAUCCCUCGAGAGCAUUCACUGUUAAAGUUCAGGAACUUAUCGGUUGGACGUGAAAUGUUCUGGAGAUUAACAGAAAACCACGAACGUAUUCAUUGUGGUUUCAUCGGGAAAGAGGCUACUCCAGGUUCCAGUGAAAGAGCUUCUAUACGAGGGCUUCAUCCAGGUGUCUUAGGCCAAGACAAUAUACCUCAGAAUGAAAAAACAGCGCAGGCCAACACUGUGAAGAAUCGUUUGGCUGCAAUGAAGAAGAAAUUACCCCACGAGAGUUUCAGAUGUUAUGGAUGGGUCCAUUAUUAUGGGGAUAAAUGGUGGUGGACCAGAAUGACUCGAUAUGUGUUGAACCGUUGGGGGCGAGAGUUAGCAGAACUAGGGUUGGAAGUCCCGAUCCGUGCCAGCAUGCAUGGUCUGCAAAUUAGUGUAGGUCAUUUCCUCCGUUUGUUCGAGAUCUAUAAUCCUGACACUAAUACGUUCUUCACCAAGAACGGGGAGCUCGGGUUACCAUUGCACGAAAUGAUGAAGGUGUCUGGCUUGCCCAUAGGCGAUGUUCCAUAUCAAGAGUUCUUCCCAACCACCAGUCAGCUUAAUAAGAUGAAGGAUCGGUCAUCUGUGACCCACGAGACUUUAUGGGAGCUGACUUGUCAUUAUCAUAUAGCUAUGGCUGAGAUGGAAACCAAAGCUAGGAAGAAAUCUCCCCAGGUCAGCUUAAAGCAAUUCGCCGAUUAUCUAUUCAAGAACCUGGAGGAUCGAUCGGGAGAGGUAUGUGGAUUAUCUCCUUUGAGCCCGGGUGACAUCAAUCGGCUGUUGGAGAAAACAAACGCACAAUCUUACACUUCUCAUUCAGAAGAUGGGUUUUCGCACGGAACUAAAUUCCGCCCUUAUCUGUGGCAAGCUAGUGUUCCGAUUCGCCCCACUACUCUGCUGGCUGGCUUUCUGGCCAUAUGGUUGAAGAGAUGUGUAGUUCCUCACCAGUCAUCCGACGCUAUGCCAAUGGAAGUGUUGUAUCCAGCCGUCCAGUUAGCCACAGGUCGCAGAUUAUCCUUGCUUCCUGCUAUGGUGGCGGCUAUUCACAGUGGGUUACGGCAGUUAGUUUCCGCAUUCACGCAAGAGAAAAAGAAACCCUCUGCCAGUAUAUCUGUUCCGAAACUAGAAUUACCCUACACUUAUUUGAUGACAUGGUUGGUUCUGCACCGGCCAGAUUUAAUGGAAGCUCCUGAGACGGUGGAUCCUAGUCUUCCUCUUUUACAGACCCUUGAGGGUUGCAAAUGGAUCAACCAUCGAUGGCCGGACAUAACGAGGCAGUUCAAAAUUCAUAAGUGUUGGAAAUUCUUCCCUUGCUUCCCUCGGUUCUCCGGCACUUACAACACAACUUUAUUGGAUGCUGAAGACCCGAGGCAGAACCGUACUGUUCUAGAUGUCGGAUGUUUCAGAUGGCUGAUGAAUAUCCGACCUGGAUAUCUGUUGUUCAGGUGGUUGAUUGCCGCUAAUAUCGUCACUCGACGUGGGAGAGUAUCGGACUCAGAGGAAGAGGCAGCUCCGCAGCAAGCGACAGAGGCGACUCAUGAGGCUAUGGUGUCGACUCGAGGAAAAGAGGCUGCUGAAUCCUCGAGAAAAGGAAAGGAACCGGUUCUUCCAGCUGGUAGUGAAGAGGAAUUUGAUAGUGAGGAAACGGAGACUUCUGAAGAGGCGGGUGAGACUGGCUCGAGUUCUGAUGAAAGAGCUGGUCUCCCUGAUUCUUUCUUUGAAAGGGGACUUACCCCGACCGAAACCCUAACCCUAACCCUGGAGCAGCUAAAGACAAUCGGGCGGGAGCUCGCCAUGGGCUCCCAAGGGGGCUGGAACCAAUCCAAGGAGUUCCUCGACCUCGUCAAGGCCAUCGGCGAGUCCCGAUCCAAAGCCGAGGAGGAUCGCAUCGUCAUCCACGAGAUCGAAACCCUAAAGCGCCGCAUCUCCGAUCUCCCCCGCCGCAAGAUGAAGGAGUUCAUCAUCCGCCUCGUCUACAUCGAGAUGCUAGGCCACGACGCCUCCUUCGGAUACAUCCACGCCGUCAAGAUGACUCACGACGAUUCGCUCCUCUUGAAGAGGACUGGUUACUUGGCGGUGACGCUGUUCUUGAACGAGGAUCACGAUCUGAUAAUUUUGAUCGUGAACACGAUACAGAAGGAUUUGAGGUCGGAUAACUACUUGGUGGUUUGCGCGGCGUUGACGGCGGUGUGUAAGCUGAUCAAUGAGGAGACGAUACCUGCUGUGUUGCCGCAGCCGCAGGUGGUUGAGCUGCUAGGGCAUGGAAAGGAGGCGGUGAGGAAGAAGGCGGUGAUGGCGCUGCACCGGUUUUAUCAGAAGGCCCCGGCUCAGGUCAACCAUCUGGUCUCCAACUUCAGAAAGAGACUUUGUGAUAAUGAUCCUGGAGUCAUGGGUGCUACACUUUGUCCUCUUUUUGAUCUCGUUAUGGCUGAUGUAAAUUCGUACAAAGAUUUGGUUGUUAGUUUUGUUAGCAUUCUUAAACAAGUUGCUGAAAGGAGACUUCCGAAAACUUAUGAUUACCAUCAAAUGCCAGCUCCCUUCAUUCAGAUAAAGUUGCUAAAGAUUCUUGCAGUGCUUGGAAGUGGUGAUAAACAAGCAAGUGGACACAUGUAUACUGUACUGGGUGACAUUUUUAGGAAGUGUGAAUCAUCAAGCAACAUUGGAAAUGCUGUGAUUUAUCAAUGUAUAUGUUGUGUUUCUUCCAUCUAUCCCAAUCCUAAAUUACUAGAUGCAGCUGCUGGAGCAACUUCAAAAUUUCUGAAGAGUGAUAGUCACAACCUGAAAUAUAUGGGCAUUGAUGCACUUGGUCGUCUGAUAAAAAUAAGUCCAGACAUUGCCGAGGAACACCAGCUUGCUGUUAUUGAUUGCUUGGAGGAUCCUGAUGACACUCUGAAGCGCAAGACAUUUGAACUGCUUUACAAGAUGACCAAGUCCACUAAUGUAGAGGUCAUAGUUGAUAGGAUGAUUGAUUACAUGAUAAGCAUCAACGACAAUCACUAUAAAACUGAAAUAGCCUCACGCUGUGUUGAGCUUGCUGAACAAUUUGCACCGAGCAAUCAAUGGUUUAUCCAGACCAUGAAUAAGGUCUUUGAACAUGCAGGUGAUCUUGUUAAUAUUAGAGUGGCCCACAAUUUAAUGCGGCUACUUGCUGAGGGAUUUGGCGAGGAUGAUGAAGGUGCCGAUAGUCAACUGAGAUCAUCGGCUGUCGACUCAUAUUUACAUAUCAUUGGAGAGCCAAAGCUUCCGUCUGUUUUUCUGCAAGUAAUAUGCUGGGUUCUCGGGGAAUAUGGAAUAGCAGAUGGGAAGUAUUCUGCUUCUUAUGUAAUUGGAAAGUUGUGUGAUGUUGCAGAGGCCCAUUCAAGCGACAAUACAGUAAAGGCUUAUGCAAUAACAGCCAUCAUGAAAAUAUUUGCGUUUGAGAUUGCUGCUGGAAGGAAAGUGGACAUGUUGCCUGAGUGUCAAUCAUUAAUUGAUGAACUAUCAGCAUCUCAUUCAACAGACCUGCAGCAGCGUGCAUAUGAGCUACAAUCCUUGUUGGGCUUAGAUAGAGGUGCUAUUGAGACUGUAAUGCCAUCAGAUGCUAGUUGUGAAGACAUUGAGGUCGAUAAGAACCUGUCUUUCCUCAAUAGUUAUGUGAACCGGGCCAUAGAAAAGGGUGCAAAACCCUACAUCCCAGAAAGUGAGCGAUUAGGAUUUUCCAGUGUUGAGAAUUACAGAGGCCACUACCAGCAAGAAUCUUCCAGUCACGCCCUCAGAUUCGAGGCCUACGAACUUCCUAAACCUGCAUCAGUUACCAAGGUUCAUGCUUCUUCACUGCCGACCCCCGUGACUGACCUUGUGCCAGUUACUGAACCAACUUAUGCUAGAGAAACUCAUCAUGCUCCAAAGACCCUAUCCACACCCGAUGUUCUAUCUGCAGAGGUUGGAGUCAGGCUUCGCCUUGAUGGUGUUCAAAAGAAAUGGGGCAAGCCUACUUACACAUCAUCCUCUUCAACACCGUCUAGUUCAACCUCUACCACCCAGAAGUCAUCAAAUGGAGUGUCGCAUCAUGAAGUUAGUAGUUCAGUUGACUCAAGGAGAUAUCAGCAAGUUGAGGUUCCAGCUGAGAAGCAAAGGUUGGCUGCUUCAUUAUUUGGGGCCUCAUCAUCCAAAAUCGAGAAGAGACCGUUAUCAUCUACCCACAAGACAGGAAAAAGGACUGCAGUACCAUCGUCUUCUGAACCUCUUAAAGAAAAACCAGUUGUUGUUCCUUCCACACCUCCACCAGAUCUUCUUGAUUUCGGCGAAGAACCAGCUAUCACUCCAAGUGUUGCAUCUGUCGAUCCCUUCAUGCAAUUAGAAGGUCUUAUUGGACCAAACUCAGCUUCAUCUCCUGCACCAUCACUCGAUUCUAAAGCGGCCGAUCUUAUGGGCUUAUUCGAUGAUACUUCAUCAGAUGAUAGGAAUUCCCAUGGAGCAGCAAAUGUGAUUCCUACAAAGAAGGGCCCAAACCCACAAGACUCUUUAGAGAAGGAUGCAACUGCGAGGCAAGUUGGGGUGACACCAACAGGGAACAAUCCGAACUUGUUUAGGGACUUGUUUGGCUGAUGAAGUGUAAAUGGUUGAAUUCUGUGGUUUAGAAUCCGAUGCUGAAAAGCAUAUGUUGAUGAAAUCGGUUCUUUCAGGAUUGGAGAUGCAAGUUGUCGGAUUUGAUUUGUGGAAAAGUUGAGGCCAGUUCGUAGAAUGUAGGGUUAAAAUACUGAAGAGCAGGGAGUUUUCAUGCUAAGGGUAAGGGGCUACAGGAACGUGGGGGGUAUACUCCCCUAAUGGAUACUGCUAGGAACUUUUUGGUUGUGUUUAGGGUUGGUGCUGUAAUUUUUAUUUUUAUUUCUCUUCAGCAUAAUGGAAAUAAGUUUUUGGGCUGUUACGAUCUCAAUUUCUCUCUUCUUCUCGUCUUUCAUGUUUCUCAAAUGUAAGUUCUCUGGCCCUCAAACGUGUUUCAUUGUGGUAUUAGUUGAACGUUGAGUUUGUAUUUCUAUGAACGGUGUGAUGUUACAGCAGCUUGUUGAAUAAAAAUUUGGACGGCUUUAUAAAUUGA